UCAAGAAAAAAGAGGAAAUUAAAAUAUUUCCAAUAAGGGAGCCAAAUUCCAAAACAUUUAAGAAUGAGCUAGAUACUUAUAUAGUGUCACAAAACAACAAAGCUCGAAGAUUUUCAUCUGCUGAUCAUUAUGAACAACACCUCGGAUAAAAAUGAUGAUAACACCGACUACUUGUGUGACGAAGAGGAUGAGGAAAACUCAAUUGAAAGCUUCGAAAAUACCUGUAAAUCAAACAGCUUGAGGAGUGCUCAAGAAUCAAGAAUUAAAAACACAAGUAAUAUUCCCAAAUGUGAUCAGGAAAAGAAGAAAAAUCCAGAGAAAAGAAAACCUGAGGCGGAUUCAGAUAGCAAUUUCACUGGUUUUCUAAAGCAGACGAGUGUUCGUUAUUCACAAUUUAAUAUAGCCUCGAGUAGGGUGGUUCAACAAAAAGGUCAGGAGAUGGAUUAUCGAGAUUACAACUAUAGCGAAUAUCCAGUUUGCUACCCUUCUUGUAGCUGGCAAUCCUGUAACACAAAUGGACAGGAUUUGAAUGCCAGAGUUCCUUAUGGGCAAGGUCAGUUGGAAUCAGCAUCCUCUUCGUCCGGGGAAAUUGCCCAAGCCGGCAGCUUUUACAGCUAUGGAAAAUCUCUGCCCGAGGUCGGUUCGGAAUCGAAUGAGACUAUUGUCAAUGAACCCAGGGCAGACACUUCGUCUGCCUGUGUGAGUUCUGAGUGCUCCAAUGAUUCCUGUAACUAUUGCUGCUCGAUGAGGCAACCUAGUCAGCCUGUUGGUAGCUGCCACUACGAGCAGCGAAAUCCUGGCCAGGAGCACCAGCUGAAUCUCGGCCAGGAACACCAGAUGAUGCCAGUGCCAAUGGGCGUGGAUCCAAGUACGGGGUUUCCCAUCUACUGUUACCCGGCUCCAAUGAAUUAUCCAGGCAAUGCGAUGUAUUCCAUGCCAGUCAUGCAAAUGGAUCCAAACCAAGCUCAACGAGGAGGAGACGGCCACAAUAAUGUGGAAAUAGGCAGCCAAUCAUCAGCCUCGUCAUCUUCCGCGGAAAAUUGUCAUCCAUCCAUGGCUAGUGCUUCAUCUAAUCAGAAUCCAACCAGCUUCGACAUGGAAGAAUUCAUGCGAAAGUAUCAGAAAAGUGUUCAGCAGUGUUAUGCCACUGCCCAACAAGGAAUUCAACAAUCUUUUGCCAAUGCUCAAACUCAGCAGUAUUUCAACAACUCACCUCAAAGUACCCAACAAUAUUAUAGCAAUUCCAAUGAAGGUACCAAUCAAAGGUUUGCCAGCUCCAAUCAAGCAGCAACUCAACAAUAUUGUGAAAGCCCAAUUCAAGAAAAUCAACAGUCUUCUGUUUAUCAAGGAAUGCAACAAGCCUUUGGUUCACCUCUUGGGGCUCAGCAAUAUUAUCCUAGUCCUAGUCUAGGUGCCCAACAAUACUUUCCCCCUUCGAUGGCAAUGCCUGCCAAUAACUUCUUUGGAAAUAAUACUGGCCUUAUGACCGAUUUGCUGCAGACGCACACAGUGUAUUCCUCUGACUACAAACCAUUUGCCAACGAUGGAAACCACUUCAACCACUUUCCCAAUGGCAUAGACAUAGGCUUGGCCCCCGAUUCCCGUCCCAUCUACGGACCAGUUGGAACCGCUGGCGUGGCUGAGAUGAGCACCGGUGGUCAGGUCUAUGGCAUGGGCGGUGCCUGCGAAAUUAACAUGAAUUCCUAUCCUCUAAGUCAAAUGAGCUAUUCAAGUCCUUAUAACUACGAGAUGCCUGCAUCCUCCCCCAACUAUAUUCAAGCCCCAAACAUGGUUAUGACCAGUCCUCAGUUUCACACUGGCAAUAUGGGUGGUUGAAUCUAGUGGAAAUUGGUUGAACGAAAAAAAGAAGCUUACUUGUGAAAAAAAAAAUAAUAAAAAAUUAAACCAAAGUUCGGGUUAGUUCAAUUCAAUUAAUUGGA